AAACACGCGUGGGACGUCCGGUCGGCAGUCAUAUUCGCACAGCAUUAGCGGCAGCAGGCAGAAGCAGCAGCAGCAGACAUGAAGGUCACACUAGCGAUAGCAGCGGCGGCCUUGUUCGUCGUCAUGGCAACCACAGUGGACGCCGCAUCGGAGUGUACUCCAGGAGCCACGAAGCAGGAAGACUGCAACACUUGUAGGUGCACUCCAACAGGCGUCUGGGUCUGCACGCGCAAAGGGUGUGUUACGAAGAGAGAGGCAGAGGAGUCGCCCAUCGUGAAACGGCAAGCCCAGAGGUGUACACCCAACUCGACCUUCAAGAAGGACUGCAACACGUGCACGUGCAACAGCAGUGGAACGUCCGCCAUCUGCACCCAGCUGGGAUGUCUCAGCCGCGGCCGUAGACAGGUGAACUGCACCCCAGGAACGACCUUCAAGGACAAGUGUAACACCUGCCGCUGCGGUUCCAACGGUAGGACCGCCGCCUGCACCUUGAAAGCGUGUCCCCCUGGCACGUAUUAACCAGCGUUCCUUCAUGAAGGUGACAGAUUGUCCGGGAAGUUCUCUGCAGUUAAAAGGAAACAACGCCAUUUCUGUGAUGCGAACCUUCGCCUAUAAUCUCUGCGGCGUAUUAUUUUCAUCUACUUCCAAUUUGUCAUUUGUAAUUUUCUUACCAUCUUCAAGCAUGAAAAAUAAAGACAAUGAUUGUAAGCCAUCUAA